UGUCCCAAAAACCUGCCAAAGAAACAGCAUCUCAAGCUGAUUUUCGAAUACCUAUGGAUCACCGCAUGUACGCGGCUCAGUGCCCCUUGACGAGCAUGGCGUUCCGCGUUCUCGCUCGUCGAGGAGAUGUCUGGCUCACAUGCCCCACCCUACAAGCACGAAAUCCGGGAGGACAGAUGGAUAUGGGCUCUGUGCCGAAUCAUCUGCAGUACAGAAGGAUAGCAGGAGCUUGGAAGUCAGUGUUCUGUGACUGGAAUGCGGCAUUGACCCGCCGCGACAGCUUCAUCGGACAAGGAGCUGAUGACGUGGUUAUUCUCGCUUUGGACCUAGAAUACUACUGUAGACCUGGGCACGGGUCGCUUGAGGGCGUUCUAAAUGCAUACUCGUUUGCCGACGUGCAAAACAUGCCAAAACUUCAGUUCUAUGGCUAUCCUAACGGCCCACUCCGUGGAUUUGCCAAGGAGUAUCUUCUGCCGCAUGGUAUCCCUCAGGGGGCGGUCGUUGCAUGUAUACCAGCGCUUGGGCAGCUGACCGACGUGGGCAUUCAUCUGGGAUUGCUCCGAGUGCCUGGCGCACUAGUUUCAGAGGCGGGAGGUACAGAGGCAGCGCUCAAGACGUGGAUUAGGGAGGAAGUGUACUCGGUGACAGGCGUGUGGAACGAACAAAUGGUACAACGUCUGAUGCGCGCAAUGUGUGUGGAGGCCUGGGACUAUGAUCUGGCGCUCUAA